AUGAAUUCCUCGGUGGAGGGGCUGGUGCCGAUUACCCGGGCCUUCUUGUCGCGUUACUACGACAAGUACCCAUUCUCCCCAAUCUCCGAUGAUGUUACACGGCUGACCAGCGAGCUCCGGAUUCUCUCUGGCGUCUUUGAGAAGGAUUUUUGUCUCACUCCUGGUAAAUAAUGAUCAAUAUCGUUUUGUCUAAAAAGUGAGAUUUUAUGGAAUUCAAUUCCCGAUAGUUUUACUUAUCUGUUGUUCAGUAUAUCCCGCAGUUUCACAAAUGGGGUGGUUUUGAUAAUCAUUUUUUCCGCGUGACUAACUGGCAUAUUACUUGGAAAAAUAAAUCUCCUGGGACAGAAAAUCUAUCCCAGAGAAUUUAAAACUUUUCUGGAGUUUGAUGUUCAUGCUAUUAGGAACAUGAUGCUUUACAGGCAAUGUUGCGAACCUCAGAUAAGUAACUGGUCAUGGCCUGCAAAUGGAAUGCUUGUCAGUACAGUCAUGUUGUUGAUUCUUUCCUUGUGCGCCACUUUUUAGGUUCUCCAAUCAAUUGCCGAUUUUCAUUCAUUAACAAUUGUCCUAAAAUUUUAUUUUCUUGGUUUUUGUUAGGCAUGUUGGUUUGUUUAGUAUGGGACUGGCUUAUCAAACGUGCGGAAUGUUCAGUCGGAUACGAUACUUUUCAGAAGGAAGCGAAACAACUUUUGUGUCAUGUGAUAUUGAUAAUCGACACCUGCCUUUUUAUUUCUGCACAAUAAAAUUACUGCCGUUAGAAUCUUAGAAUGAAAAUUUCUGCUCCAGACUGUUUCAUGAAGUAAUCCAAUAACUUUCUGGAUUGUCUAAAUGAUGUUGAAUUACAUGCUUUCUAGAUCAAACAUAUACGUAAAUGAUAAGAAGAAGUUAAAUUGGUCUUCAGCAUAGAUACUAUGCUAAGGAAAAGAAUACUUCAUAAACAAUGAACAUUAGAUUCCCUGAAUAAUGGUCUACAUGAUACAUGACUUGUGAACGGCAACUCUACCUACACAGUCAUAGAAAGAAAAGGAGUCAAGUUUAUCUUUGAGCACUUUGAGUUCAUAAAUGGACAAAUAGCCAUUAGAUACUGGUAGGGGAGAUAUAGAGGGACCCUUACAAAUGUCCGCAAUUAGAUAAUGGGUUUCAUUGCUUAAGAUUUAAAGUUUGCAAUGUAAUUCUGAUAUCCGACGAGGAUGACUAGGGCGGUAGGAUUGGAAAGUUUUUCUUGAAAUGGUGUUCAUUAAUGGGCCUUAUUGUUUUAUCCUAACCAUCGAAUUUUAAAUACAUUAUUUUUACUAUUACAUAGGCUGCUUUUGUGAAUAUUUCUUGCAUUCAAAGUUUAAAAGCUUGAAUAGCGAGUGGACUGUUAAAUGGAAAUAAAUCAUAUUUCACUAUUUUCUCCUAUGCAUUUACUUAUUUCUCACCUUGCAUACUCUUUUCAACUGUGAAAGUUUGAAGAAUAAUUCAUUAAUCAAUAUUUCUUGUUUCGUUUAUGCAUGUGAUUUUCACUUCAUCAUCAAAGGUGAAAAAGAAUUGAUAUGUGAAGCAGAUUCUCCAGCACCGCACAAAUUAGAUGAGAAUAUGUGGAAGAACAGAGAACAUAUCGAAGAGAUACUCUUCCUGCUUGAGAAAUCUCAUUGGCCAGGAUCAGUAUGCUCCGGCUUCUUGUUUGGAUAUUCCGUCCUUUUCUUUUUGCUUUGAAAUUAUUUGAAAUCAGAACGCCUUCCUGACAUUAUAUUAAUUUAAUCGCCUGUGUUCUGGCUCAGGUUGGGGAUUGAAGUUAUCAUCCUUAAAGUUGUGUUAAAAGACUUGGGCUUGCUUAUAUGGUGUACGAAUGAAUAGCUUUAUAUGAUUAGGCGUUUCUUUGUCCAUUUCAGCUGCAACAGCAAGCCACGCCUGAAGAUGCUGCCACUCUUGAAAAGUUUCAGAACAUCUUGAAAAACUCUUUGAAUACCUUGGAAACGUUCCAAUCGAAAAAUGCUGCCAAUGUAUUUAACACAGGUCAGUGUCAAGUAUUUGUGUUUUGAUAUAUUUAAAAGUAUACAUCGCUCUUAAGCAUUAAUUUUCCGUAUGAGUUUUUCUUUUCCGCUAAAAAAAUUGUUUAUUUCCGCAUACAAAUAAAUGGUAAGUUUGUAAGAGUUGCACUGGCUUUUGUGGGCCAGGUAUGUAGCGUUUACCUUCAUAUAAACUCUCUUACUUCUCAUUUCAUGUGUAGACAACCCUCUUUCUUGUACAUAGAUCACUUUGGUGCCUUGGAUAGUCCUUGCAUUUUUUUUCUGACCAUCUUGUGGAUUGAUAACUGGUUACAACGCAACACAAGUACUGAGAAUAAACAAUAGUUGGGAAAUCUGCUUUUCAGGAUGAUGAAACUAAGAUGCUCACGGAUAAUAAUGUGGACUUGCAAAUAGAUUCUGAAUGAACUCUGUCAUUAACUUACUAAAGAAUGUUCCAUAAACUUUAUGUUUGCGGGAUGGUACUAAAUUUUCAAAUGCUUUCAUGACGCUCCUUUCACAAUUUGAUCUAGUUCUUAUAAAUAUAUUUUGCAGUGAUGACAUACAUGCCACAAGAUUUUCGAGGUUCACUUAUCAGACAGCAGAGGGAACGUUCAGAGAGAAGUAAGCAAGCUGAGGUUGACGCUCUCGUUAGUGCUGGUGGAAGUAUACGUGAUAGAUAUGCAUUACUUUGGGGGCAGCAAAUGGAGAGGUGUCUUUUCUAGAGUCUCAUUCUGUCUUUUUUUUCUUUUAAACUAGAUUAACAAUUCUGUUCUGCAGUUAUAUUCCCUGUUUGUUAUGUUCUGUUAUAUAGACUCCUCUAUUGUUCCUUUCAGGAGAAGACAAUUAGCUCAGCUUGGAUCUGCAGCUGGUGUCUAUAAGACACUUGUUAAAUAUUUGGUUGGGGUGCCUCAGGUUUGUCACAUGAUCGUUCAUCAAAGUUUGCCUUUUUUCAGCGGUUAAGUUCUUAAACAUCCUGUUCCAUGUGGAAGUUUUUUUUACUGUUUAUGAAAACAAUCCAUGUUUUUCUCGAGUUUUGUAAUCAUUCUCCAAGAAGUAUAAUAAUUAGGUCUGGGAGAUGAUUUUAGGAAUAUCAUAGAAGUGGUUUCCGCAGUCCAAGACAAGGGCCCAAUUUCGUCUCCUAAACGUCAGAAUGCUACUCCUUUCUUUCCACCUAAUCCCAGGAAGCAGCCACGCUUCAGGGUGUCAAAGUUCCCGAUCCAACAAGGCUGCUCUUGGCCAAUGGAAUGGAAUGGUUUUUUCUUUUGUUUUUUAGAGAAAUAUGACAGAAAAUGCUGGGUUUUGGAUGUAUUCAAGGAUAUUCAACUUUUUCGAAAGGCUUCCUAACCAGAGGGCUCAAUUAUAUUCAAUGCAUGCAUGUGAGGUUUAAUUUCCAAACUUGAUUUAAAAGAUGGGCAGUUUUAUAAUUUGGGGUUUUCACCGGAUUUGAAAUUAAUGGAGGCCUUAUUUUUAAGCUCAAACUCCAAGUUUUGAGUUUCAAAUGCAGUAACUUAAGUGUAGGAUGUUGUCCAUAUUUCGUGGAAGAAAAAUGACGUAAGAUGGUGUUGAGAAAUAUGUUCCCUGCAUCAUUUCCAACUGUUUGAAUGCAAGAUAUCUUUAGAAAGGUCUUUUGAUAGCGUAGUAUUUGGCCCAAUAAAUGCUGAAAGUUUAUCACUUUCUUCAUAAAAUAGAAAAAAACUCGAUUAUUCAUGCCGUUCAGGGUUAGACUUCUGGGAAUCUUUUAGAGAUUUUUUUUGCAACUUUACCUUAUUAAAUAAAUCUACAAGCAGCAAACUUCAGCUAUCUUCAUGGUGAAAGCUCAUUCAAGGCAGUAGUCAAUGGUCUUCUUUGUUAGUGAAAGACCUGCCUAGGGUCCCAUGAGACUUGUUGGUGGAUUACAAAUUACAUUAGUGUCUGUGUAGCUAAAGUUCGACUAACCAUUGAUGAAGUUACAGUACUUUUAUUUGUGCAUGUACUAUUCUAGCACUUUCAUAGUUCCUUCCCUCGGGUAAAUGGUCGUGCCAUACACUAAAAUAUUAAAACCUUUUAUGGAAACAUGUUUAUAAAUGGCAGAUAAUAAUUUUUGCGAUGUAGUUACAUGGGCAAUAUUCGCUUUUUACCUUUCCCCUUUUUGACGAUCCAUUUUAGUGCCUGAUCCUCCUCCAUUGAAUAAUGGCUGGAAUUGACUGUUCAUCUAUCAGGAGAGAGCGUUGUGCUUUCUGGGUGCAAGAAAUGGUGGAUUUGUAAUGUCUGAAUUAGAACCUUCUUGCUCAGAUGGUUGGUUUCAGUAAUGUUCUCUUUUGGCUUUUCAGUAAUUAUUUCUUAACUAUGUACAUCGACUAUUUCACUGACUGAAAUAUGCUUUCAUCACCUUCCAACCAAAUUCGGCCAUUCUCUAUGACCAGUGGAAGCUUAAACCCAAAAUAUGUCUCGAUGGCCUUGAUGUAUUAUCAAGUACAUAAGAGUAACGCUUUUACAUUAUUUUUUAAGUGAAAGAUAUGUCUACAUAAACACAGUUUCUGAAUGAUAACACUGCAUAUCCUAAAAAGUCUACAAUACUAAUGUGGAUAAUUUGAUGAACUAGAAUCACCAUGAUAUAGAUCUUCUUUGACUAUAAUUUUCGUGCUCAUAACCAGCUGAUGGAAACCCUAAAAACUUCUAUAUAGCCCUUCUGGGGGUUGUGCUUAAUUGUGGCUUUCAUUUAUUCUAGAAUAUGUUCUAAACUAUUGGAGAAAAUCUGCCCCAUAUAAUUUGAUGUGUACGAGCACUCUAUUUGUAGAUGACAAAGCCACAUAUUCUCCUGUGAAUAACAUUUUCUAAUGUGCUUCAUUUCCUAUCAACUGUUGGAUCUUAUCUCUAAUGUUACCUGGCCCCACUACCUUUAGUCAUAGCUCAAUUGAUACAACAAAAGAGAUCAUUAAAUCUUCAUUGCCCUUCUCCAGCUUCAAUAUUUGAUGCUCGAUCAUCGCUGUCAUUAUUCCCAUCAGAAACCCAAGUGUUGGUCUUACUCUACAUGGAUUCUUUGUAUGUACUUUGUUUCUUUUUCUCCAUAUGGGUCUCAUAUUAUUUUAAUCGAGUGUCCACGAAAUAGAUGCCUUUGCAAUUAUAUCUGAAUCUAGACUCUGCUUGUAAAUUGAUCUUGGAAGCAGACUCAAGAAUAAUAUUUUGAUUCUGGUUGACUGCAUGUAUUGACACUAAAUUAUUUUUAGUUAAACUCUAUUCUGCUUAAUAGUUUAAAAUUAUGUUCCGGAUUAGCUUUAGUUUUGGGACGUGUUUGGAUGAUGAACAUUUGAUUGUCCACAGAACAUUUGCUGUUCUGUGGCAUGUAACUACUUUUGAUUGUCCAUGGUGCUUAAUUCUUGCCAGGUUAGGCUUGAUUACUUUUAAUCGUACAGAAGUCUUCUUUUAACCCACAGUUACGUUCAAAUUUGAGAACCUUUGCAUCGGUUAUAGCUACCUCAAUUUUAAAUCCUUAUUAAUCUCUGACGAGCUCAACAGAAAAAAAGUGAAUUUCACAUGAUUUUUUCCGAAGUUUAUGGGGUUUUCAGUUUUCUCUCUUUUUAUCUUUCUUCUCCUGCCUCUUAUGUAUUCUCUCUUACUGCUAGUGCUGUCUACUUGUCCUCUCGUCACUUGCUGGCAGGCUUUCCUUGUUUCAUUUUUUUUCUUUCUGCUUGCCUUGGUUCUUUGUUAUAUCUGUCCAUAAAGUGGUUCUUUGCUCUCUAAAACAGUGUUGUACCACAUUCUCCCAUUACUUCUGCUUCCUUAGGUUUUUACUAUAUUUUCUGUAUCUCUUGACCAGCCAAUACUUUAAGGCAUAUGUUUUGAGAUUCAUGCAUAGUUUCUUGCGAGCCAACUUUUUGCAUUAAUUUUUUUUUGAUAGGCUCACGCACUGUGUGAAUCUUGUUUUCUGAUUUUGCUUCUUUCUUUGUUGUCUCUCAGGUUUUGCUAGAUUUUAUACGGCAAAUAAAUGAUGAUAAAGGGUACAUUUUUAUCUAUAGUUGGAUACUUUAAUUUCUCGAGAUAUUAUGGCUGUUGUUAUCCUUUGGUUUUGGAAAUAUAAUGCAAACAGCGUAGUAAUCUAUGUUUCCUUUGCACUUGCAUGGCUAGGCCCAUGGAAGAACAGCGCCAACGCUAUGGUCCAUCCCUUUAUACCCUUACAAAGAUGAUUCUUUCUAUUCGACUGUUUCUGAAUCUUUCAUGGGGGCAUUUCGAGGCAAGAAAACUGUGAGAUAUCUUGAAUCACUUCACUGCCUAGCUUUUGUUUUCCUAGUGAAAAUGUCAAAAAGUUUUAAGUUGCAUUGUUGGGCAUUUAUGUUUUGGUAUAUUUCUCAUCUUUUAACUUUAACAGGUAUUUUCUUGUUUCAUAUUGUGCAGGCAAAAGGAUGAGUUAGCCACUGUGGAACAGGCAAUGGGCCUUUAUGCCUCAGAAUUGGAGAGAUUCCUAUUGUUUAUUGGGUAAUUUUCCGCAUUAUGUUAUUUGUGAACGUGUUGGUGCAAACGGUUCUCCUCAUCUGUUUUUUUUUUAAUGGAUUACUUGACACGCUCAGUCUUUAGUUAUUUCAUUCACUUUUUCUGUGAUUGCUUGUUGUAAUUUUGUUGCACGCUAACAUAUCUUCAUUUUUUGUGUGUUUUUAUAAAUGCAUGAUUUCACAUUAUGAAAAUGAAAUGUAUGACCCAGGAUAGCAUCAGUAGCAAAACUAUCACCUCUCGAAAGUAAUUAUGAGAACCCCAAAGCUUUCUUUACCUAAUCGAUUUCUUGUCCGGCAGAUCUUUUCUUUUUUUAUUUAGCAUGGUUACCCUUGCAGAUCCUCACAAAGGGUUAUUGCAUCCUUGUAGAGUUGUUGCAUCUGGAUACUCUAGCUUUAUUUUUCCAUUCUGGGUUGCUAUGAGUACAUGUGAAGAGCCGAUGCUGUUGUUCUAAUUCAACUUUAUUUCUGAAGUAGAAAAAAAAUGUAGGAAGCCUACUUAGGUACAGUCCCAUUGUCCAUUGAGGAAUUUUUUUUUUUUUUCCUGGAGUUAAAGUUUAUCUUACUAAUUUGAAAGAUCAUGGCUAUAGAAGGAGAAGAAAGUAGCAUACUACCCAAAGUAGCCUCGCCAUUGUUCGUCCAAUGGUCGGUUAGGAAGGAGAUUAUUUACACUUUAGUAGUACCUAUUCACUCUCUUAGUAAAACUAUUUAUUUCUAUGUAAUAAGUUCUUUAAUUAAGGCUUGAUUCCCUCCCAUAAACUGCCAGUUUGGUCGAUCUGGUUUGGACCUGUGCUAUUCUCCCACCCGAAAGAUGGACAGAGUUGGCAACCCCAUGACUGCAAAUCCAAUGUUAGGCUUUCCCUGGACGGCUUUGUUCCACACGGUUGGAGACUCUGCUGCCACUCCCAUUGAAAGGCAAUUAUAGGAUACCAUGCCAAUCUCCGCCAAUCAAGAAAUGACACAUCAUGGCACCAUUGCCCUUAGCAUUGGGAUGACAUAUAGAGAUUUAGAUACACCAGACAAAAUUCUCAGUUGGAUGACACGGGCUACUGGAGAUUCUGUCUUGGAGUUGACGGAUUUUAACAUGGCGUUAUCUUAGAUUUUUUUGUAUCAGUUCUUGGCUGUGAUCUUCUUUCUCCUCUAUAUAUGGUGUCGUUAGGUAUCUUUCUAUAACGAAACCUACUUUUCUUGGAAGGAAUUCCUUGUUUUCCUUUGGGAAGGUCAGGGGAAACCAUACUGAAUGCUGCUUUCUUCUAUUUGUUAUGAUUAUUUGCAUGCCUACCUUUCCAAACAGAAGUGCAAAAUUGGGAAUCUUUGUAUCUUGUUUCCUUUCUCUGUCUCUCUGUCUGUCUCUCACUCACGCACAUACACACACACAAACACAUACGCACAGACUACAUCAUGUUCUUCAUCAGAAAAUUGGAACUUGAUUUGAAAGUUCCGCAUCCAAUUUGUACCAUGGAGGUAAUGUGCUGGGACUAACUAAAAAAAAAGGGAACAGGUUGGGGGAAGAGGGAGGAGGAACAAAAAGGACUCACCGGUAGCGGUGGCCAAGGAAUUGAGCAGUGGGCAGUGGAACUUACGGGGACAAUGUCUGAUGACAGACGAGGUGGUUUAUUUUCAUAGUUAGUCUCAGGGUGGUACUAUUACAGCGUUAUAUGAUCUUUAUCAAAUCCUUUAAAGCCAUUUAUAUUUGUAAAAAACCGGGAGAUAGGAAGUGAUUUUUUUAAGAAUACGACCAAGAAAACGGGGGAAACUGAAACCAGACCAAUUCCAGUCCGAUUACUGAUCAAUUUUAUGAGGCAUACACACUAAUAUAUACAGAGGAAGACAACAUCUAGAAUCUCCAUUUGUACUUACAUAUUCUUUGAAGAAUCAAAUACAUCCAUUUGGUUUCUUCCUGACAGACUCUGGUUUAGAAGAUCUGAUUCUAAAGAGGGCUACGUAGGAAGGAAAGAAAAGAGAGUUGUCUCUGCAUCCACUGCAGCUUCUUGUUGACCUGUGCAUCUUUGCCGUUACCCGUGUCCCUAGGCAGUUUUGGCGAAAGUAGCCAUUGCUGAAGGAUAGUUGAUUCAGGAUUGGCGCUUUUUGACUGAAUGACAUAAUCGAUUUUGGGUGAACCUUAAUUCGGUGCACAAAAUUUAAACAGAAGAAAUACCCUUCCAUUUCCUAAAUACAUGAAAAGCUUCUUGCAGAUGGAUGUAGCUGAGCAGGGAAAGUGAAUGUGAAAUAAAUGGGGAGAAAGGAUUUAGUUUCAGUAAUUGGUUGAAAUGGAUCAGGUGAAUACCAGUUGGAUUGUGAUCGUCUACUGGAUUCCCUACUGAUCUUCCAAUUUUGGCUAAUCUGCGUUAGAAGCUUACACUGGCUCUGAUCCUAAAUAUCUUUAGGUGUUGUUUAGGAUUUGAGGUUAGCUUUAAAAUUAUGUUUCAUAAAAAGAAAUGGUCUCGUAAUAUUAUUAAAGGCUCAUUCAUUUCAUUGAAAUUUCUAUUUUUAUAUUUUGGAUAUGCAAGAAACGGCUUGCAGAAGUUUUCUUACCGGAAAAGCUUUGUGUUGCAGUGAGGUUUUUGCAAAUUCUCCUUUCUUCAUUUCAGCCGAGGAAGCUGGUGCUGCAGAAUCAAGGCAAGUCCUCUGUCAAGCAAAAUAUCUGUCAAGUGUACAUGUAACUCACAUUCUGAGCCAUAGCACUGAAAGUGUGAGAGAUAAACCUAUGUUUCUGAUUCCUUCUUUGCUUUAACCAGGAAAAUUAAUGAAUUUAAGGAAGCAAUCAUCCCUGCUGGAAGGACUCAUGAGGUAUGUCAUCAAAAGAACUUGCUUUUCAGCCUUUUGCUGCUCAAUCGACAGUUGUGAAUGCUAUUCGUACAGUAAUAGAUCAAGGUAUGCAUGAGAGAAACUUUUAUUUGAAUUCCUGAAAUAGGUGUUAAAUGGCUGUGUGGUGAGAGUUGGCGAGCUAGGGCAAGAGGAAUGAUGCACCCUAGGGAAAGAGAGUGGGAGGCGUCGGAGCCAGAGGAGGUGAGCGGGCAUUGGAUGUGGGAAGGGGGAAGGAGGGCCAUGAGGAGAGUGGGAGUGGUGUGAUUGCUGGAAUGCUUGCCGGUGAGGGGGAAGAAGAGUUCUUUCGGGGUGUUUAGAUUGUACCAAGGUCCGGUCAAUAUCCUGUAGUUAGUCUUCCACUAGCAUGGCACUGAGGUAUCAUUCAGUUUAAAAGUGUUGCUUCUUGAAGGAUUCUUCUACUUGUGAUUUGACUUGAUAUAACGAAAAAUCAGUUCUGCAACCUUCAUCUCAUAGUCAUUUUGUGAGUGUACACACUGGCUGAUAGCAUCAACAUCAAAACUGACAUCAAGUCAAGUAAGAGUUAAAUAUAAUAAUUUAUCAAUAAUCCAUGAUGUAUUUUAUCAGGGUCAAAGAGGAGGUGAAAUUAUGAUUUACCCUAACCUUCCAACAUCUUUUCAGUGAUCCAUGUGUAAAUCCUCCUGUGCAAAUUUCGAGAAAAUAUUGCAAAUUUCCGAAGUCCUUUAUUAUAAAUCUCUCAGUAAGUUUGACCUUCAAUAAUCCGAUGUCCUUAGUAUCGUCACAUAGACAUGGUUGGGAAGGUCCCCGCAUGUUAUCAAAAAGGGUGGGGAUUUUAGUGUUAAAUAAGGGAACAAACUUUGACAAUGCUGAAAGAUUUGAUGAACAUGGCAUUUAAGAGACCAGCGACUAGUUUGAGUAAACAUGGAUGAAAACCAAAGUUUUAAGUUGUUUUUUUGAAAAUAAUUCCUCCAAGCGAGUUAUCUGCUUACCUUGUUGAUUUGCGUCGGCAACAAUCUUUUGGGUCUGAAAGAUAUAGGAUAAUCCAUCUUAGAGGCAAUAAGUUUUUUUUCGUGACCACUUCUAAGCAUUUAUCUCGCCCACAAGUCUUUAAAGACAUAAUAACUUUGAAAUAACAUUUUAAGAAUUUUGUCAAACUACUAACAGAGAGUGACUUAGUUGAGAAUUUAUGAAUGUAAAGGGUUAAUAGCAAGGCUGAGCGAUCAUUGACGCUAAUACUAGCUUGUUCAGCAAUUGCUUUGAAACCAUUUGCCAUCAUCACGUUUUCUUACCUUAAACCCAGGGAAUAGGAGGAGAAAAUGUCUGGGACACCAAUGGUCCGUAGCUCUUGCAUGUGUGGCCCAAGAAGGGUUAACAGUGCCAUCAUUGUAGAGCAAGACAGUAGCAUCUUGGUAAUACUUGACUAAGUUAAUGUAAAGGUGGAGAGAAUUUAUAGAAAGGUCUUUUCAUAGUCAAAGAAUAUCUUAUGGGAAAAAGGCGACGAGAGUAGCUUUGGAUGGCCAGUAUCACCACUUUUAAUACUACUUUAGUACCACAUUUCAUAGAAGCAAUAGACACAUCUGUUGCUAUGCUCCUGUGAAUAAGGCUGCAUCGGCUAAGAAGAUUAGUCUUCCUUCCCUUUUUUGAAUUUUCAGUCUUCUUCUUUGGAUAUUUCCCCCAAACAGUUUUUCUGUCUUUGAUUUUCCCUAGCAGAAUGACUGCAAACACAUUUGUAUUUUUCUUUCUUUUUUUUCUGUUUCGUUCCCUCAAUUGAUGUUCAGACCUAUUCCCGAGGGGCCAAAUGAUUCACCAACUACAAUGAUUGGAGAAGCAUCAGAGAUUCUAUGUAUCACCUUCCGCUUCCUUCUUCAUUAAAAAGUCUUGUAUUGAGCAUUAUUCGAGGGGAAUGAGAGAUCCUUACCUAGGAUAAUGCAGUCCAUUAACCUUUGUAUUAUAUUUAGUAGGAAAUUCAGAAACGCUAUUUUUCUGGAUGAUCUGUAGAUGUCACUUGUAAUCCACCGUGGUUUCCCAAGCAGCAAUGGCAAAAUGAGCCAAGAUCUUUCUACUUUCCAGUCAGGUUACCAAAGUAUGUAUUCAUGAGAGAUUUCCAUGUUUCAGUUGAUGAAUCACAUGAAUUUCCUGAUAGAAUGUUGAAUCAUCUUUCUUAUUUGUAUACAUUGCUUCUAAAAUGUCCACAUCUCUCUAACCUUCUUUUUUUAUCAAAAAAUAAGGUAUCCUCGGGAAUGACGUUAGCCAAAAAUGGUUAUGAGACAAUUGGGCCUUACGAUCUGGUUUGGACUAUUUCUGCCUUUUCGAGUUUUGGGCGUAAAACGGAAGAAUAUUAGGGUUCUAAGAGUCAUUUAUGAACAAUAGUCGGAGGGAGUAAAGCUCUGAAAAGAAAUUUUUUUAGGAGGAAUGUGAGCUCCAAGAUGAUAAUUUCAGAAAUGGUCUUAAAAUUCGUUAAGACAAAAAAGUGUGUUGUUGUGAUCUGUGAAGGGGAUUGAAAUUAUCAUAUAAUGGAGAUCUUACGAAUCAAAGAUCAGGAAAGGAUUGGUCAUUCAGAAGUAUGAAAUAGCUUCUAACUUUUUUAAUAACCAUCGUGUUAUAAAGAAGAGAAUUGGAAAAAACUUUAAUUGCAUUUCGUAAACCUUUUGAUUUCCUGGAACGAAACCAGUGGCUAGUGAGCCAUGUGAGGUCGAUUUAAAGUAAGAACAUGAUUAUCACUGCCUCUGCUCUCAUGCAUCGUCAUUCCAACAGACUUGCUCUUUACCCGGCUGCUUCAUUCCCCCCCUUUCCCUGUUCAGCUGGGCCCCCAUCAGACCAUAUAACCCAGAUCCCUUCCCCAUCUCCUCGGGCAUUCUUCCCCAAAGCCCUCUGCUUCCCACAGCUGCCCCAGUUGCUGCAGUCUCCCCCACUGUACUCCCAACAGCCCACCAUGCCCAUUACUGUGGAGAUAUAGGUAGAAGGAAUAUUUGUAGUUUUAAAAUAAUAUCAGCAUGCGGUAAAUAUCCAUUGAGUAUUCUAUUUAGAUAUUGUUAUUUCUGAAAUAAGAUAUAGUCAGAGGAUCAAAAACUUAGAGUUUAGUUACAUGGCAGCCUGAAAAAGAGAGGGGCUUAUCAAUAAUUCAACUGGCUUUUGAGGGGGUUUAAACCAAAUUCCCUUUAUUGUUUCUCUUAGCUUUAGUUUCAAAUACUCUGUCCACAAUGAUUAUUUGGAAUAUACUGCCGCCAAUUAUUUUAUUAAUGUAUUUGCAACGUCUUCAGGUAUCAUUGGCGAUUGAAUCUGUGAACUCAUAUAUUGCUUGGGAUUUUUCAUUGGUUCAAGGGAAAGUGAAUGUGGUACGAUCCAGACCAUUUCCCCCAUUUUCUUUUGAUGUCCAUUAGUAUUUUUCUCGUUAAUGGGAGUUCUGACGAGGGUUUUUUUUUUUUUGCACUACGUUUUCUUUAAUCUGCGAGAGAUUUCUUGCAAAGGUGUGCAAUUUUCUAUGGAGACAUGAAUAUAAGUGAAUAGUGGGUGUUAAAGUAUUUCUAGUUUUAGGCUCAUCCUUUCUUUCAUUCAUGCAGCAUUUAUAAAUGGGUUUUUUUCCAAAAAUACAAGAUAUCUUUACAGAAAUAGCUAACAAAGAUUACUCGAGAGCAUAAUUAUAGAUCGUCUCUUUACCUUUUAUUGACCUUCUUGUGCUCUCAUGUUAAAAUGCUGAAACAUUCAAUUGCGGUUUCUCUGAGAAACCCUUUGACUGAAUGAACAAUUCUCCUUUUUAAUUCUACUUUUGACAUCAUUUUUUUCUUUCUUUAUGCUACUUAUGUGUUUGUCCCUCCCUCCCUCAAUGACUGCACAGGAUAUUGGAUUCAGUGUUGAAUAUGUGAGCCCAUCUGGGGAAACUAUGGUGAGCCUUCUCUGUUCAUCCUGUUGAGGCAUUGCAUUAGAAAGCUAUCGUCGCCCUGCAGCGUGUGUUUGGCCUCACUUCUUGCAUUCGCUUUCCAUUUUCUGCAGCUGAUUUUGCCUUAUCGGAGAUAUGAAUCUGACCAAGUAGGUUAUCAUUUCUUUGCCCAUCUCAGCACAUUUUCUGUAAAUGGUGGGCGUCUCCCGUCCCAGCUUCUUGGAGAGCUCAUGGUUUUGCUUGCAGGGGAACUUCUGCACCAUCUCAACUGGGUGCUACAAGCUCAUCUGGGACAACUCCUACUCGACCUUCUUCAAGAAGGUGGGGAAAUCCCUGAAAACGUUAGCAAGCAGAAAAUUAGUUGAUGAUAUCAGCUGACUAGAAUCACUCAACGAAGCUUUUUCUUUCAUUCUUGCAAAAAUAUUGUGAAGCAUCCCACAUUGAAUAGGAUGAACAAAUAUGCUUUCGAACCAGUUCCAACUCAUUGCUUCUCCUUUACUUCUGAUUGAUUAUCUCAGAGCUUGCGCUACAAGGUGGAUGCUAUACCUCCAGUCAUAGAACAACCACUGCUGCCUGAACCUGAGGUAGAAGAAGAGGGCUAG